CUCAAGAGCACAAACACAAUACCCAAACUCGACUAACCGUCCCGCCAACCACCAACCAAGCAACUACGCGCCACCACCCUCCAUUCACGACGCAACCUUUGCGUCUCUCUCUCUCACAUACACUGCUUGCUCCUGCCCCACCUUGCCUCGGUGUUCCCUUGCCUUUGACUUUUUACGCCUUCAGAGUUCUCUGAGCGUGGGUGGGCCUACAAAAGACGUGCACUUCCGGUCGUUCUGCGUUGUUGGGGUCGCCGCGCCAGAUCCAGCCCCAUUGGCCCAUCGCCGCGUUUCUUGCGUGCAUGUCCUUUCUCGCCAUCGUGUCCCUCAUACCUUUUACUUUGCGUGAGUUCCCACAGAAAACUCCCACACCACGCGAGGCACGGGUUUCGAGAAUCGCGUUCAUUUCACAAGCACCACCAUCAUUCCGCAUCAGACAACGCCACACACACACACGAAACCAACACCGUCCGUCCUCCCUCCCUCCUGACGUGCUCGCUUCUCUUGCUUCGCCCGCUUCGCCUGCUUCUUGAUUCUUCCUUGUUCCUGUGCCCUUAUUUGCUUGACUUCGACCCCCCUCUCCCCGUUUCCCUCCUCGCGUGCCUCCCACAGACUUGAAUGUGUUGGAUGUGGUUGGUUGCCCCUUGAUUCGCACCACGCAUUUUUUUUCUCUUCUGCUCUCACCACAGCACAACUUCAAUAUCGGAGGGCACCGCACACGACAACGGAGCAUUCAUUCACUCGCCUGUUCAUCACGCACAAGCAGAGUUGAGCUGAGUUGAACUUUCUCUCUCUCUCUCUCUCUGAUUUGAUAUCCCUUUUGCUUGGCGGUUCUCUGCCUUCUUUUAUGUAUCAUCCCAUCUUCCAUCUCUCUCCCUUUCUACCCUCCCUUUCUCUCUCCCUUUCUACCUUCCCUUUCUCUCUCCCUUUCUCUGGCGCCUGCCGUGAUCAUGCCAAACAACGACAACGCCGCCAAUGACAGGCAGUCCCCGCCGUUGUCAGCGGAGGAGCAGCAAGAGCAGGGAUCAGGCGCACGUCCAUCCCCGCCAACACCGCACAAGCAAGAGGAGGACGUGGAUGCCACGCCACCACCAACAACCGCUGCAGGGAAAAGCGCGACCAAGACAUCCAGCGACUCCUCGCGCCGAUACGCGUGCUCCUUCUGCGGUCGCAGCUAUGCUCGCCGCGAACACCUCAGCAGGCACAUUCGAUCCCACAAGGCCCGCACCUCCUGGUACACCUGCUCCAAGUGCAGCCGCCAAUUCUACAGGCGAGACCAUCUCAACUACCAUCUGACGUCGCACGAGGUGCUUCGCAUCUACAUCUGCGCACACGAGGGUUGCGGUGAGAGCUUCAAGGAGAAGGUCGAGCUCACCGCGCACCAGAAGGAGUUCCACCACUUUGGCCUGGAGUACGGCCAGCUGGACCGCGACGGCACCGUGUACAUGGACACGCAGAACCAGCUGCUCACGGAGAACAACCGCUUCCUCAACAUCAAGCCCGUCUCGCAGGACCUCAUGGACGCCAUCCCGCUACCCUCGCAGUUCCGCCGCCCAUACUCUGUUCGCCAGUCGGCGGCAGAGGUGCGGCCGCUGCCCGCCCACAACCCCCACACGCAGCUGUUGCAGCAGCAACAGGAGCAGCGCGAGGCGCAGCAGCAGCAGCAGCGCCAGCAGCUUGAGCAACAGCGGCUCAUGCACCAACAGCAACAACAGCUGCAGCAGAUGCAACAGCAGCAGAUGCAACUGCAGUACCAUCUCAUGCAGCAGUCCCUCGCCCGCCAAUCCAUGCUGCAGCCCCACACACAGCAACUCGCUCACCCGCAACAACAGCAGCAGGCGCAGGCGCAGGUGCUCGCCAUGGGCCUCAACCCCGCCAUGUACAUGUCCAGCACUGGGUGGCCGGCCCAGGCCGUCUCCGCCUUUGCGCAGGCACAACACCAGCAACAGCAACAACAACAGCAACAACAACACCAGCAGCGAUCGUUGCCGGCCCAUGCUUCGGGGAUGCCAGGUAUGCUGGCUGCUGCACAGAGCCAGCAGCGCGCCAUUCCCGGCUUUGGCGGCGUUGGUGUUGGCGGCAUGCCGUUGGGCAUGGGCAUGGGCAUGGGCAUGGGGGUGCCACUGCCCGGCGCAGGCGUCGGCUUGGGCCUCUCCCAGCUGCCUGCCAACGCAGCGCCGUCCGCCCCAAGCAACACCACCGCAUCGCCAUUCCUCUUCCAGCAGCACCAGCAGCAGCCAUCGGUGGCAGGGCCUCAAGAACAGGCCAUUGCUCGCCUCCUUGCUCAGCACCACUACCAGCAGCAGCAGCAGCAGCAGCAGCGGGCGCAGGCGCAGGCACGUGCACCAAACACCGCCCCUCCAGGUGGUGUUCCUGCGCCUGGUGGGCUGACAGUUGGCAACGCUUCCACCAUCCCCACCACUGCCUCAACUUCCUCCCCGGCGCAGGUCACCACAGCAGCUGCACGCUCGGCCCGCCAGCUCGCACAGCGUCCCGCAGAUGGCGACGCGGACAGUGCUGCGUCGUCAUCGUCGUCAUCAUCAUCGUCGUCGGCGUCGUCGGCUGCGUCCUCUGUGGACGGCGGGGACAACGCGCGCAGUGGUGGACAUCUGCAGCAGCAGAGGCCGCAAGUGUCAGCAGCCAGUCGCUCCCGCGCAUUCGCCCGACAGCAGGCGCAGGAAGAAGAAGAGGAGGAAGAGGAGGCGCUGGCCCGUGAGAACGUGGCGAAGAAGGCCAAGCGCACGCCGCCCACCACCGUGACGGCGCCUGCUGUUGCAGGAAAGGUUCAUCAGCAGCAGCAGAAGAAUAAGAAGAAGCAGCAGGAGCAGAAUGCCACAAGGGAGGUGCCGGCGCCUUUGUCGUCUUCCAAGGUUGCUGGUGCACCCCAGCACGUCCCUGCGGCGCCCGACAGCGUUGCCAGCGGCAGCACGACGAGCAGCACGGCCGCAGCUGGCGGCAGAGGCGCGCAGAAGAAGAAGCUGAAGAAGAAGAAGAAGAGGGCCAACAUUCCAGGCAGCAGCAAACCCAAGCUGUCGCUGUUUUCCAUGUCUGCGCAGCCGGGCAAGGACCCUUACAGCAAGUCGUCGCUCACACUGCAUUAUGUGCCGCACGCCAACGGCAUGUUCCCGCGCGUCGCCAAGCCAACGCUCAUCCGCCCCGAGGCCGGCAGCGUGCUGCCUCCGUUUGGGCGCCCCGCACAGGACGUGAGCACUGCAGGUGCGUCAGCAGCGACGACUGCGACGCCCUCAUCCACACCAUCAUCUUCGUGAGCAGCCGUGCGGCUGGCCGCGCAGUCUCCUCUCGUGUCUCGUCUCGUCUCUGCAUAUUUUGUGUUGCGCUGCUCUUCGUUCAUGUCGUUCGCAGUUCUUUUUUUUUUUUCGGUUUGUACCUUCUUUCAUUUGCUUCUUUCUUUCCAUCUGCCUUCGUUUAUUGGGUUUUCUUCGCUCUUUUGCCUUCUUUCAUUCGUUUAUGGCCUCGUGCGACGCCCACACGUUUUACUCAUCUUACUCCUUCAGUUCGUUCAAGAAAUCCAGCCCCCCUUCACCGACCGUGUCACGUGCCCGCAUUCAGUUUUGUAUUCCAUGAAUGCGUCGGUGCACCCUUGCCGCGUGAUUGAUUAUUCGAACGUCUUGACCCCUUGCCUUACAGCUUCCCUUGCCCCUACCCCCUCCCCCUUUCGCCUUUCCCUCACCAUUCCUGACUGUAUUCGUAGCUGUUGCAUCUGAAGUUGUCGUGACGUCAACGUGUUGCUUUGUUGUGCGUGCGCUUUCCUGAUUGGCGGAUCCAGCUUGCCUGGCGGUUGAUUGAAUUUUUGUUUCUCUCUGCAUUGCCUUGCACCAAGGUGUCUGUUGGAUGGGUUUUCGAGUUGACGAUGGCUUGUCUCAAUCUCUCUCUCCCUCCCUCACGUUCGCACGCUUGAUUUGUAUCACUGUCCUUCCUAGAAAACCCGUGUAGAUGCGUCUGGAGUUGCAUAUUAGCCUCUCACGCGUGUAGCUUCUGUUGUUGUUGUUGUUGUUCGGACAUUGCCCUGUUGUCUCCAUAGCCUGCUGUGUUGCUACCGCGUGUAUCUUGUAUCUUGCCCAGCCGUUUUGGCUUAUUAUGUUUUCUCUCGCGACACGCGCAACAAACACUACACAUGGACGUGAUGUGACGGACAGAAGGUCUCAUCAUCAUGCACGCGAAGCAA